GCAGGGGACGGCAUAGCCGAAGACGGCCGUUUCGUUGGAUAACAGGCGUUGUUUGACCAGUGCACCACCGUCAACGUCGCCGUCCGGCCGCCUCCACAGAACUCGUAACUAUUUCAAACUCUACUCGAUCGUUGAUUUUUUCGAUUUUAUCAACAACUCUGUUGUAGAGUCGGAGCAAUUUCUCGAGUGUGAAUCGAUUUGAAAAUAUCAAUGGACGAAGUGAUCACCAUAGCCGACGCGGCGUACCGCGCUAGCAAGGCGACGGAGACGGCAGCGACACCUUCACCUUCAGUUCAGGCCCUCUCCUACAGUGUGCCACUGUUGUCAGCCUUCCUUGCCUUUGCUAUUGCUCAAUUCCUCAAGGUCAUCACCACCUGGUAUAAAGAAAGAAAAUGGGAUCCUAAAAAGAUUGUUGGCUCAGGUGGAAUGCCAUCAUCUCAUUCUUCAACUGUGGUGGCACUUGCAGUAUCCAUAGGUCUACAUGAAGGAAUUGAAUCAUCAACAUUUGCCAUUGCUGUUGUCUUGACUUUUAUUGUUAUGUAUGAUGCAUCUGGAGUCAGACUCCAUGCUGGACGCCAAGCUGAAGUUUUGAACCAAAUUGUGUGUGAAUUUCCUCCUGAACACCCUUUAUCCACAUCCAGACCUCUGCGUGAUUCUCUUGGACAUACUCCAUUACAGGUGGUUGCAGGGGCAGUGUUAGGAGUUAUGGUGGCAUUACUCACGUGCCACCGAUUCUCUCCUGCUUUCUGUCCGAUUCUGUCGAUAAACUCAAGCCACCGUAGCGACGCCGCCGCACAGUCGGCGCUGCCGUUUUCUCCCAUCCAUUUUCAAUCUCCAAACCUAAACUCUGCCAUCAAUUUACUCUUCACCUACAUUUCACACACACAAACGACUUCCGUCUUUAAUUUCAACGUUCCUAUCGCCUAUCGGUUAUCAAUCGAUUCCGCGUUUGUCGCUGUAGGAGAAGGUGGAUUUUACGGGGAGAUUAUGACGGCAAAGAAGAGAUUUGCUGCCGUUGCUUCGAGACGCCAGAUUCCGCCGUUUGUUUCCAAGUUUGUGAUCUCAUUGUUGGUACUGUUUUGCUUCGUCGUCUUUUUCGGACUCUUCUCGCAAUUCAAGCUUCAGUCGUCGUCUGUAUCUACUGAAUUCGGUUUUGAUGAGUUUCGCCUCGAAGAUUAUCGUAUGAAGAUUGCUUUCCUUUUCCUUGUUCGAGAUAAUCUUCCUCUUGAUUUCCUAUGGCACAACUUCUUUAAGAAUGCAGAUCCUGAAAAUUUCACCAUUUACAUACACUCGAAGCCUGGUUUUGUGUUUGAUGAAUCGGUUACCAGAUCAGCCUUCUUCUAUAAUCGACAGUUGAAAAACAGUGUUGAGGUGGGUUGGGGUAAACCAACAAUGAUUGAAGCAGAGAAGCUAUUAUUCAAAGCAGCCCUUGAAGAUACUAAUAAUCAGAUAUUCAUACUCCUCUCUGACAGUUGUGUCCCACUAUAUAACUUCAGUUAUAUAUACAAAUAUAUAAUGUCAUCUCCAAAAAGCUUUGUGGACAGCUUUAUUGAUGAUGCCACAGAAAAACGUUAUAAUCCAGAAAUGUCCCCUGACAUACCUGAAGACAAAUGGCGGAAAGGAUCCCAGUGGAUUACAUUGGUUAGAAGACAUGCAGAGGUUGUUGCAUAUGAUCAUGUUGUUUUCCCAAUCUUUAACAAACACUGCAAGAGGCGACCACUUUUAGACUUGAGCAAAGGAAACGAGUCUCUUAAAGAGCAACAGCAACACAAUUGCAUCCCAGAUGAACAUUAUGUGCCCACUUUACUUGAGAUGCGGGGGAUUGAAGGUGAAUUGGUGAGAAGAACAUUAACGUAUUCUUUAUGGAACCAAUCAACAGAAACAAUGAAUACAUUAGCCUGGCACCCUGUAACAUUUGGUUACACAAGUGCUAGCCAAAAAAAUAUCCAAGCUAUCAAGGAUAUUGACCAUGUUUAUUUCAAGUCUGAGAACCGGACGGAAUGGUGUGGUGGUCCUUGUUACUUAUUUGCAAGGAAGUUUUCACGUGGGGCCGCCAUGCGUGUUUUGACAAAUGGGGUGGUGGGCCCGUAUGACCCCAAAACAUUGUUCCUAGAUCCCACAUAGACUUGUAGUAGUGGAUGGAUGGAUGGAUGGAUGUAUACUGAGCUGAUGUACAUAUGGAGGCGAUUUGUGUUUUUGUGCAAAUUGGGAGUUAUGUAAUAUUUGUUUGAUCAAAUGACUGUACUACCCUUUUGUUGAACGGUCAAAUUCCCAAUUUAACCUUAACGAGAUAUCCGUGAGAUUCAUGUUGA